UUGACCUGGGCUGCCUUUUCUAGUACAGCAUCAUCUAGUGUGUCACCUUUCUUCUCUGCAGAUCCCCCGUGUCCCUUGAAUGCAGCCUGUGAGUGUUUGUUUGGAUCUCUCAGGGUUGGACGUAUAGAGUGUGUUUAUGUGAUAGAGGCUGUGAUCUCUUUCCUCCUAUGCUAUCUCCACAGCAGGAUCAGAUUCCUGCUCAACAUUGUGCUUCUUUAUUUUUUUUUUUUUCUCUUCUUUCAAUAAGCAGCAGCUUGUGUCUAGCCCCAUCUCUCCUCACCCUCCCCCUUGUACUGUGAGUGCCCUCAUUCCCACCCCCUCUCCUUCCGAUCACUGUCCAUUGGCUUGCCCGGGUCUGGUUUUCCUGUCCAGCCCCUUAUGAGUGUCCAUUGGUGUUGCCGUCCCUCCUCCUCUUCUCUCCCCCUGGCCCUGCCCAUGUUUUGUAUGUCUCUGUCCAUCCAGCUCCUGACGUUCAAGUUUGCAGGGACGUCACGUCCGCACUUGAACUUGCAGCUCAGGGGGGCUUUUGCCAUUUUUUUCAUUUCUCUCCUUCUCUAUCUCUCUCUCUUCUUUUUUUUUCACCCCCCUCCAAAAAGAAAAAAAAAAAAAAAGGGAAGACGGCUGUCCCACAAUUCAUCUUCCCCGCACCCUCUUUGUAUUAUUUCUAAUUUAUUUUGGAUGUCAAAGGCAUUUGAUGAAGAUAUUUUCUCUGGAGUCUCCUUCUCUCUAACCCUGCUCUCCCGAUGUGAACCGAGCUCUCGCAAGCCACCCACCAACCAACAUGUCUCGCCGCAAGCAAGGCAAGCCCCAGCACUUAAGCAAACGGGAAUACUCACCCGAACCUGUCGAAGCCAUUUUAACAGACGACGAACCAGACAACAGCACAUUGGGAACUGGAGAAGGGGAUCAUGACCUUCUUACCUGUGGUCAGUGUCAGAUGAACUUCCCAUUGGGGGACAUUCUUAUUUUUAUUGAGCACAAACGGAAACAAUGCAAUGGCAGCCUUUGCUUAGAGAAGGCUGUGGAUAAGCCGCCCUCGCCUUCGCCAAGUGAACUGAAGAAAGCGUCCAUUCCUGUGGAGGUUGGCAUCCAGGUCACUCCGGAGGAUGACGACUGUUUGUCAACGUCAUCUCGAGGAAUUUGUCCAAAACAGGAAAAUGCAGCAGGCAAAGAUGAGCCCAGCAGCUAUACAUGUACAACAUGUAAACAGCCAUUCUCCAGUGCAUGGUUUCUUCUGCAACAUGCACAGAACACUCAUGGCUUCAGAAUCUAUCUGGAAAGUGAACAUGGCAGUCCACUUACACCCCGGGUAGGCAUUCCAUCAGGACUGGGUGCAGAAUGUCCCUCACAGCCACCACUCCAUGGAAUUCAUAUUGCUGACAAUAAUCCCUUUAACUUAUUGAGAAUCCCCGGAUCAGUAUCAAGAGAGGCGUCUGGUCUUAAUGAGGGUCGAUUCCCACCAACUCCCCCAUUAUUUAGCCCACCGCCAAGGCAUCACUUGGAUCCUCACCGCAUAGAACGUCUGGGUGCAGAAGAAAUGGCUCUCGCUACACAUCACCCGAGUGCCUUUGACAGGGUGCUGCGACUUAACCCCCUGGCUAUGGACCCACCAGCUAUGGAUUUUUCGCGGAGACUUAGAGAGUUAGCUGGGAACAAUUCUAGUUCCAGUCCACCUUUGUCUCCAAAUCGGCCCAGCCCUAUGCAAAGGUUACUGCAGCCAUUCCAAUCUAACAACAAACCACCAUUUUUGGCAACUCCACCCCUCCCUCCUCUUCAGUCUGUACCUCCUCCUUCUCAGCCUCCUAUGAAAUCAAAGUCCUGUGAGUUUUGUGGGAAGACAUUUAAAUUUCAGAGCAAUCUUGUAGUACACCGUAGAAGUCACACUGGAGAAAAACCCUAUAAGUGCAACCUUUGUGACCAUGCAUGUACACAAGCCAGCAAACUCAAACGCCACAUGAAAACACACAUGCAUAAAUCGUCCCCAAUGACAGUUAAAUCAGAUGAUGGUUUGUCUACUGCCAGUUCUCCCGAGCCCGGAACCAGUGACUUAGUUGGCAGUGCAAGCAGUGCCCUCAAGUCUGUAGUAGCUAAGUUUAAAAGUGAAAAUGACCUGAUCCCGGAGAAUGGCGACGAGGAAGAGGAGGAGGAAGAAGAAGAAGAAGAGGAAGAGGAGGAGGAAGAGGAGGAGGAGGAGGAUUUGACAGAAACAGACAGCCGGCCAGAUUAUAGUUUUGCCCUAAAUCUUGAAGCUGCUCGUCACCAUGAAAACAACUCUAGAACUGGCGAGGAAAGUCGAUCUAUGCCUGAUGUCAUGCAAGGUGUUGGCCUUGGUGCAAUGCAUCACUUUAGUGAUACUUUUCAUCAGGCAUUGGUUGAGAAACAUAAAAGAGGGCAUUUAUCUGAGCCAGAAGCUCAAAGAGACACUUGUGAUGAAGACUCAGUGGCUGGAGAAUCAGAUCGUAUAGAUGGUGGUACUGUUAAUGGGAGGGGUUGUUCGCCUGGUGAAUCUGCCCCAGGAGGCUUGUCAAAGAAAUUGCUUCUUGGUAGCCCCAGCUCUAUGAGCCCUUUUUCUAAACGCAUCAAACUUGAGAAGGAAUUUGAUCUCCCUGUUGCAGCUAUGCCUAAUACAGAAAAUGUUUACUCCCAGUGGCUCGCUGGCUAUGCCGCAUCUAGGCAGCUAAAAGAUCCAUUCCUCAAUUUUGGAGACUCUAGACAAUCGCCUUUUGCCUCUUCCUCAGAGCACUCAUCUGAAAAUGGUAGCUUACGUUUCUCUACACCUCCAGGAGAGACGGAUGGGGGAAUUUCAGGCCGUAGUGGCACAGGAAGUGGAGGAAGCACUCCCCAUAUUAGUGGCCCAGGGCCCGGAAGGCCCAGUUCUAAAGAGGGCAGGCGCAGUGAUACUUGUGAGUACUGUGGAAAAAUCUUCAAGAACUGUAGUAACCUCACUGUUCACAGGAGAAGCCACACUGGUGAACGACCUUAUAAGUGUGAGCUUUGCAACUACGCCUGCGCGCAGAGUAGCAAACUUACCCGGCAUAUGAAAACACAUGGUCAGGUGGGAAAGGACGUUUACAAAUGUGAAAUUUGUCAGAUGCCUUUUAGCGUGUACAGUACCCUGGAGAAACACAUGAAAAAAUGGCACAGUGAUCGAGUCUUGAAUAAUGAUAUAAAAACUGAAUAGAGGUAUAUCAAUAAACCCCAUGUAGAUUUUUUUUUUCUAGAACUUUGUGAUAAAAAAUAAAUAAAAUAAAUAAAUAAUGAAACCCAAGGAUACAAGAAUGUGCUUAACACUAGCACACCUGAUUUUUUUUUUAUAAUUUUCCUUUUUUUUAUAUUUCGUUCUCACCGUUUGAACGCAUGUUCUUUAUUGGGGGCAAUACUAUUGCAUUUUACGCAAACUUUGAGCCUUUCUCUUGUGCAAUAAUUUACAUGUUGUGUAUGUUGUUUUUUUUAUUUUUUAUUAUUUUUUUUAAUAGAAGCAUGUAUGGUGUGUUUAUAGCUACUUUCAAUUGUCCCUGAAUUAGUUGCAAAACAUACAUUGCUGUUUCCAGUUCCGUUCUGACAAGUAACCACAUUGCGUACAUUUUGCAAUACAUAUCAUGUACAGCUUUGUUUUCCAAUGUGCAGAGGGAGCAUCUUUUUUUGACAAACCUCCAGGGACAGGAAUUAUAGCGCUGCAAAUGCUGGCAGAACCUCAUUUCCUCAUGCCAGGGGUUACCUGUAGUGUUUAGAGAAUGAAAGGAAAAAAGAAAAGAAAAAUUAUAAAUUAAAAAAAAUAAAACCGCCUUUGGUAAUAUUAAUUUGCUCUAUCACUUGGUUAAAUCAAAACAUAUCUGAGUGCCUUCGGUCUAUUUGAAACCAUUUAAAUGGUUCAUACUAUGUUGAAAUGACAGUGUAGCUUAAUUCAACAUGGAUAUGUGUAGGUCUCCAUUGAUCUAGUGUAUAAUUAUAAAAUAUUGUAUUUCUUUAACUGAGGCUACCUAAAAUAUGACCUAGUACAUCCUAGUUAAUCAUCAUUCUUCCAUUAUAUUUAUUUAAUGAUAUGUAAGCUAGUUGUUCAUGCUGUCAGCUUUGAAGGAAUUUGAGUCUCCUUUUUUCAAUGUUACCUAAUGUUUCUGUUAAUAAACUUUGAAUUAAAGCUGAACUAGAAUAUAAUGGCAAGGAGUUUCAUUUUGUUGACUCUUUGUGAGUACCUUGGAAAAAAAGGAGAAAAAAAAAAUCAGAGUAAAUUAUUAUUAAUAUAUGUGGUUGUCUGACUGACAAUCAUUAAUAGUGUUCUCAAAUUCUGCACUGUAUGGAAAGUUAGCUAAUAAUUAUAUGCUAUCAAGUGGCACAAUAGAGAUAUGGACACAAAGUGGUACCUUUUUAUU